CAGAAAGAACAGUAAAAAUGCAGGCAGUGCACAGGACAAAGCACUCGGGACAAAAAAUUGAAUUUAAUGAAUGUCACGUUUUGUCAAAUUUCCCGCCGUUCCUCCCUCGUAUGUCCUAAUGCUCGCAGGGGACGGAAACCAGAUGACAGAUGCCGGCAUCCGCCGAAGGACAUUACAGGGGACACUGCCGGGGGGACAUCGCGGGAACGCAGGGACAAGGUAAGUGAUCGAGGGAUCUCGGAGCAGCGCCGCAUGGUAAGCCCGAGUGUAGCUCGGGGUUACCGCUUGUGGUACUGAAA